AGUAUAAAUUUUGUACCCAAACCAUAUACAACACCAACCCAUCACACCAAAAGUCCAGUCCAAGCCCAUGGAAACCCAGAAGAAGGGAGUCAUGUAUGUCUACAAGCUGGCCUCCGGAACUGAUCCAACCCCGGAAAUCGAAUCCCCGGUUAAAAAGCCCGUGGUGCCGCGGGGCUAUUGGGGGCUGAGGAAAUCAAAAACUUACCGGGAAAGCAACCACAGUGGCGGCCAGAGGGUGGUGGAGGGCGGAGGAGACGUGGUUGAAGUGAGGAAAUCGGUGUCAGCCGUGGGGAGGAAGUCGGUGUCUCACGUGGAAACGAAUGUGGCAUCGGUGGCGGCGUUUCUUCAGGUGAAAGUUCUAGUGACUGACAUGCCCGGAUUCAUGCAGGUGCAUGCCUUCAGAUGUGCAAGGACUAGUAUGGAUAGUUUGGAGAAAUUCAGCUCCAAGCAUAUUGCUCAUAACUUGAAAAAGGAAUUUGACAAGGUGUAUGGGCCGGCCUGGCAUUGCAUUGUGGGCUCAAGUUUCGGCUCCUUCGUAACCCAUUCCACUGGCUGUUUCCUUUAUUUUUCAAUGGACAAACUCUACAUUUUGAUUUUCAAAACAAAAGUUCAGAGAGCUUUGGAUUAAAUACAAAAGUCUCUUUUUCCAGGAGAUGGAUAUAUAUAAAAAUAAAAAAAAGUAAGUCCCCAUUAGUUGAUAUAUGGAAUUGGAAAGGUGUUCCAUACCAUUCAAGUUCAGGUUCGGGUUCGGGAUAUGAAUGAAAUCAAGAGAGAAGAAAGAUCGAGUCAUUCGGUGAAUUGGUGGAGAACACACUUGGAGACAAGGACAGGGGCACCACUAUUUCAAAAUUAUACAAGUACAAGUGUGCAUAUAUAUGUCGUCAUUGAAGGAAAUGUUUUGUAAGUUGAACAGUGUCUCCACUUGCAACAAUUAGUAUUAUACAUUUUCUCAAAUAUGAUAGUAGUGUUUAUUCCUUUACUUAUUUAUUUA